CAUGGCCUCGAUUACCUAUAAAAGAAACGACGACAUUGAAAAUCAUACUAACGAAUUUCAUUAUUUUAAAUCUUAUCACUUGAUCGUUUCCUUCAAAAGACUGUGGUUUUGUUACGUCUUCCCAGGAAUAUCUCAAAAAUUAGAAACCGAAUUUGAAGAAGUGCAUAAUCAACAAUGAACUUGGCGAUAUCAGCACUUCCUUUCAUCAUUUCAACUCUAUCAAUACUGAGCAACAUCGAAGCAGCAGACCAAAACUAUCCACUUUACGUAACAAAAACGAAGAAUGAUUUUGGAUACGAUUUAGCCGAUCCCUUCAGUUACAACGAGGUGGUCAAUAAACGCAAAUUCCACGACCUCAGCGAAAAGAAUCAAAUACUUCUAGCAGCUUGUCCGAUGCCCGACACCACUCAUCCAGUUCUUCAAGUAUUGUCCAAAACCGAAGAAGAGCUUGCCGAUGGUUUCAGGUGUGACGAGCCCGUCAAAUACGCCAUACAAAAUAAUGCUGACGUCACAGAGUGUAAAAUUGGAUUCUCGAUUAAUAUGGGAAGCUCUGAUCGCAGCCCUGGCACAUUUGUGAUUCCAGACAUGUUUAAGUAUCAUAUACCAUUGAUAACAGUAGAACGCAAAACUACUCCGGAUAUUGCUGUUCCUCGUUUAAUCGUUAGGCACAAUAUCAAGUACGGGAAAAUGUUAGCAGAGAAUGAAAACUACGAUCAGCAAUCACGAAGUCGACCAGAAUACAACAAAAAUAUCGAUAUUUUUCACUACGAUAUCGAUAGGGCUUAUAAAGAGGAUUAUCAACGGGAAUUCAGCAAAAAGUUUUUCCGAGGGGAAACGACCUCAAGAUUAGAGAAAUUACAGUUAGCUCCAGCCGAUGAUUUCUUCUUCGAUUCGUGGAAGGAAGCUUCGCGGAAUAAUAUCAAUACAACUCCCGUUUGGGGAGAGCUCAUGAUAGAAUGGCGAAAACUUGAGAAUUUUGUGAGACGCGUAGCCCUAGUCAUCGAAGACUUACAAAUCGUAACCGGAGGCUCGAACAUCGACUCCAGUACUCCAGGAGCCCAACAAAUUUCAUACCUUUACAAAUCAGAAGAUCCAUUAGAAGAACCUUUACCGGUAUUCGAACUAAUCUUCAAAACAGUAGCUUUCAAUCAACAACGUCAAGAUGGCACAUGGCUCCGUCAAGGAAUUUUGUUCGCAAUGAAAAACGAUCCACGGGAUAAAGUCACCGCUGAGAACGAGUUGAUGGAAGAAACCGGAUGGACAAAUUAUUCGAAUUAUAUAUCUGACCGCCGAAUAGUCGCACAGGAGAUGAAUCCUAGAACAGGACGCUGGGAGCAUAUCGACGAUAACAAUGUUUACGAGCCUUUGAAUUUGAAUAAAGUUAGGGUACUGUCCCUAGAUGAAAAUGGUAAAGAAUUUGAGAAGGUAGUCAAUGUACUCGAGGUGAAAUAUUGAAGAACUGGGGUACCAAAUAGAGGACAGGUUCCCCCCUUAGAAAUUCAUGCAGUCAUUACUGCGAAUUACUGCAGUGGUUGUUGUUUAAAAACGUAGUACUAGGUUGAUCUUUAUCUAUUUUUGUUUCAUUUUUUUCCAUUUUAGAU